AUGAAUUCCAUCCCAAUCGAUCUCUUUCACGAGAUCUUCACGAGACUGCCUGCGAAGUCAAUCGGGAAGUUUUGUUGCGUUUCGAAGCAAUGGGCGUCCAUACUUGACCGUCAAGAUUUCACCGAAUUGUUUCUGACCAGGUCCUCGACCCGUCCACGUCUCUUAUUUGCUGUCCAACGAGACGGUGAGUGGCUCUUCUUCUCGUCGCCUCAAACUCAGAAUCCGUAUGAGAAGUCGUCUCUUGCACUAGCUGCCGAUUUUCAUAUAAAGUUCCGUUUGGACGAAGGCCACUACAGAUGUGAGUAUACUUCUGGUUUGAUCUAUCUCUCUGGUACGAAGGGCCAAGUGAUAUGCAAUCCUAUCACAGGACAACAUGCGAUAUUACCUAAAGCGGACAGAGAGUUGCGAAGUUUUUUAGGGUUUGAUCCGAUUGACAAGCAAUACAAGGUAUUGCUUAUCAAUAAAAUAGGUGAUGGUGAAAGGGCUUAUCAUAUUCUGACACUAGGAAGUGGAAUAAUGAGAAGGAUAUGCAUCAAUGAGGUUUUGUAUUACUUAGCUGGACUACCUGAUGAAAGGUAUAAGUACGGUAGUGUAGGUGUGGUAGUUUGCUUUAAUGUUAGGUCUGAGAAAUUCACGUUUAUUGAUGGAGAGUGA